AAAAAGAGAUUUUAAACAUUUUUACAAUGGGACUAAGAUUCAACUACUACUGAAAGAGAAGUCUUACUUUCCGGCCAUAUACAAAGCACUCCGUAAGUCAAUUUGUAGCUCUAAUGCUUUGAUGCAUCAUCUGCAAUCUGAUUAGUUAAGGUCCUCCCAUGGCGGUAAAGCACAGAAAGCUUUUAGCCAACCAAAAUUCAACCUGCCUUGAAGGUGAUGGAUGCUACUACCCAGCCUACGGGGACUAUUUCCUCCCUCUUCCGCCGCAGCCGCAGCCGCCACCUCCGCCACGGUCCAGCACUCACUCCGUCCGCAUCAACCAGAACGCCGCCAUCGCCGGCGCAGUGGUCGCCACUCUCAUCCUCCUCGGCUGCUACCUAGUCGUCGUCAAGAUCUGUUUCGGGUGGAUCCGGAGAAAUCGCGCAACGCAAGACUCGCCGGACGAGGAAAAUCAGGAGUUCGCCGACGAGAGCCGCGGCGUGGUGAUGGACCACCCGAUCUGGUACAUCCGCACGAUCGGACUUCAACCGUCGGUCAUCAACACGAUCACGAUCUUGAAGUACAAAUCGGACGACGGGCUAGUCGAUGGAACAGAUUGCUCCGUUUGCCUGAGUGCGUUCCGGGAAGACGAGAUUCUCCGGCUGCUCCCGAAGUGUAACCACGCCUUCCACAUCCGUUGCAUCGACACGUGGCUGAGAUCGCACACGAAUUGCCCGCUGUGUCGCGCCGCCGUUGUCUCCACAACCGAAAAUCGGACUGAAAAUGAAUUGAUUCAAGAACCCCAGAUUCUUCAGUUGACGGAAAUUGGGGAAAACAGAGAGACGGCCGAUGAAGAAGAAGAACCCGAUGCUCACGGAUCUGAUGGGGGCGACGAAGAUCGGAAAGUAAUUGAAGAAAUUCGUGUCAAGAGGAGGUCGUUGUCGGUCGAUUCUUCAAUGGCCGGGAAGUUUUCAGGCGGAAGAUUGGAUCCAGGAGGCGGUGGGAGUAGCAGGAAUUCGAGGAUUCCGAGAAUGGUCGGCGGCGGUUCAAUAGCAGAGUGUCUGCACAAGAGGCCAGUUUUGAUGAAGAGACCAUUCUCCUACGGAGGAAGAAGGUCUAUGUCUUGCAGACAUUAGUGUUCCCUCUCAUCAUUUUGAGUAUAUUAUUGAACCAUAGCUUUUAAUUUUAAUACUCCUAAUUUUAAGAUCAAUUUGCAUUAUUAACAAUUUAUUCAAAGCCUCAAUGUGAUUAUGCUAAUUAGAAAAUUAUGAUUCAAAACAAAACCUAGCACAAAUCAAUCCUAACUAUUUGAUUGUUUUUAAUAGUAGUAAUUUUAUUACAAUAUAUACUCCUCUCUUCCUUGAUUAAUUAUUCGUCUAGUUUUAGAUUCUUGUAAUUAAAAUUAAUAAAAUUUGGCUACUAACUAAAUAUAGGGUAAAAUU